GACUAGCCCCCACCCAAUUAAAUAAAUACAUCCAACUUGCAUAAAACUGCAGGACUUAUACUCUCCCUUUCUAUCUCCAUUCCAACUUCCAAGCUUAGCUUCCUCCACAUUCCCCUCACUCUUCAUUCUUUGUAAACUCCUCAUAAUCUCUCUAAUCAAGCUAGUAGAUCAAACGAAAUAAUGAGUACAGCAGCCUCGAAUAACCCUGCUAGACGAAGAUCUCUUACCAUGGAGAGGACGGUCUCUCCUGCUAUGCAAAGGACUGGCCAAUGGGUAUUCUCUCAAGACAUUCCCACUGAUAUCAUUGUUGAAGUUGAAGAUGCUUCUUUUUCUCUUCACAAGUUCAUGCUAGUUGCAAAAAGCAACUACAUAAGAAGGCUAAUACUGGAAUCUAAGGAGUCAGAUUUAGGAAGACUCGAUUUGUCAAAUAUCCCAGGAGGAUCUGAGACAUUUGAGAAGGCAGCAAAGUUCUGUUACGGCGUUAACUUUGAGAUAACAGUUCAUAACGUAGUUGCACUUCGUUGUGCAGCAGAGUAUUUGCAGAUGACAGACAAGUUUUGUGAGAACAACCUUGCUAGUCGUACUGAGGAUUUCUUAUGUCAAGUUGCCUUGACUAACCUCUCUGGUUCUGUCAUUGUUUUGAAGACAUGUGAAAAUCUUCUUCCUAUAGCUCUUGACCUCGGUAUCGUCCAGAGAAGUGUUGAUGUUAUCAGUACUAAGGCAUGUAACGAGGCAACCUUCCCAAGCCGAACCCCACCAAAUUGGUGGACAGACGAGUUAUCGAUCCUCGAUGUAGCCUCCUUCCAUAAAGUCAUCACAUCCAUGAAAUCACGUGGGGCCAAAACUCUGACAAUAUCCAGCGCGAUCAUCACAUACGUCGAGAAGUCUCUUAGAGACUUAGUCAGAGACCAUUCAGGAAACGGGAUCAAAUUCUCAUCAAAUCCUACAAACUCUGAGUUGAGAAUCCGACAAGGAGAGAUCCUCGAAUCUAUCAUAUCCCUCUUCCCCUCUGAGAAAACUGCAUUCCCUAUCAAUUUCUUGUGUUCUCUUCUUAGGUGUGCAAUAUACCUAAAAGCAUCAAUAACUUGCAAGAAUGAGCUUGAGAAGAGGAUAUCAGCUAUCUUAGAGCAUGUAACCCUUGAUGAUCUAUUGGUGUUGUCCUUCACAUAUGAUGGAGAAAGCCUUUUUGAUCUUGAGAGUGUAAGGAAGGUGAUUUCGGGAUUCGUGACAAAGGAGAAGAGUGUGGAUGUUUUCAAUGGGGGAAACUUCAAGGAGGUUUGCUCUGCUUCUAUGCAGAGAGUUGCUAAGACUGUGGAUUCUUAUCUUGGUGAGAUUGCAACUUAUGCUGCACUUAGCAUUUCUAAGUUUAAUGGAAUUGCUAAUCUUGUUCCUAAGGAGGCUAGGAGGAAUGAUGAUGACCUUUAUAGAGCUAUUGACAUCUAUUUAAAGUUUCAUCCAAACCUAGACGAGAUCGAACGAGAGAAAGUGUGUAGCUCAAUGGACCCUCUAAAAUUAUCGUACGAUGCACGAGUACACGCCUCACAAAACAAGCGACUCCCCGUCCAAAUGGUCCUACACGCCCUCUACUACGACCAACUUAAACUAAGGAGUGGAGCCAACGACGGCGGUCUACCUGACGCGGUAGCAACAAGAGGUCAAUUACAAGCGGACGUCUCCUUAGCAAAGGAGAACGAGGCUUUAAAGUCGGAACUAAUGAAGAUGAAAAUGUACAUUUCGGACAUUCAAAAAAGUAAUAAUAAUAAUAAUAAGGCAACAACUUCUCGGACGAGCACGAGCACCGGUAUGCCUAAGAAAACGACGUUCUUCUCGUCGAUGUCUAAGACGUUAGGGAAGUUGAACCCCUUUAAACAUGGAUCUAAGGAUACUUCUCAUUUGGAUGAUGAAGUUGAUCUUACUAAGCCUAGGAAAAGAAGGUUCUCCAUUUCUUAAGGUGCAAGCUAUAUAUACAAAUUACAUUGUGCUACACUUAUAUAUUAAAUCCUCAACAGUUAGCUAAACAUUGUUUUGUUAAACCAACUAUUAAAGGUGUGAUGUUAAGUUCGUUAUUGGUUUUGCACUGAUUUUUUCCCCCAUGUUAAUUGGAGUGGUAUAGUGUGAUUUGUGUAGGAAAUUUGAAACUUCUUGUGUAUAGUUGGCUAAGUGAUGAUUUACACACGUUACUCUUUGUUCAAUUUAAAUUCAGUGUUUUCUUUCUAAA